UGAGGCUAAAAACCCUUUAGCUAUAAAGAAGUUAUUUGGGGUGUAUUUUUUUGCUUUCAAUUAGGCAAAAUAGCAACUUCAUGACAAUUAUCCAAGAAGAUUCUAAGGCCGUCUCAUCUGAACCAAACCUAUAAUCUAUUCUUCGUCCCCUAUCUCACGCAUCUCCCUAAAAAAUUGCCAAACCCCAAACCCUGAUAACUAAGAUAAAGGAAGCAGAAACUCUCUGCGUGUGAGCAGCAGAGAAGAGGGCAAAGUUUCUCUAGUUGGUUGUAGUAAUGGUUGCAAUUAAGAGUUGGGAUCCUUACCUACUGCAGACUUCGGGGACCGAAGUGGCUUGAAAGAAGUUGCAUCGAAUACUUGAUCCACCUUCAAGACACUGGAGCCAUCCUUGAGGCCUGGGGAUUGAGAGCUGAAAUUUAAAAGACUGGAAUUAUUAUGUAUGUUUUCCGAGGACCGAUGUUUGCUGCCGGCCACAGAAGAGAAGCUUGGUUUCUCGAUGGUCCUAUUGACAUAUAGUGUCCUGCGGAAACACUUGGAUUCUCGAAUCUACAUUGGAAAGUCACCUUUUCUAUCCUCUUAUUUUCUACCUUUUGGUUUCAUUUUUAUUUUGAGUAAAUAUUUUUAUUGUCCAAUUCUCGUCUUUUGUUGCUAUCAUAUAUCCCUCCAGUUAGAAAAGACGUAAACUACUUUACUCAAGGUGUGUUUUAUGUUUUUGCCAAACAUGACCUGUAGCUGAAAAUUUCGUAUUUUUUGGAUGAAUCUGGGGAGCUUAAAUUCAAAGAAGAAAGGGGGAAAAAGACACAAUGAAAGAGAAGUCCAAAAAUGCUGCCCGGACUAGACGGGAGAAGGAAAACAGUGAAUUUUAUGAACUGGCUAAAUUACUGCCUUUGCCCUCAGCCAUCACCUCUCAGCUGGACAAAGCAUCCAUAAUCAGACUCACCACCAGCUAUCUAAAAAUGAGAGUGGUUUUCCCAGAAGGGCUUGGAGAAGCGUGGGGCCAUUCAACCCGUACCAGUCCCUUGGAUAACGUCGGUCGGGAGCUGGGGUCCCAUCUCUUACAGACCUUGGAUGGUUUCAUCUUUGUGGUGGCUCCGGAUGGAAAGAUCAUGUAUAUUUCAGAGACUGCAUCUGUCCACCUGGGUCUUUCUCAGGUAGAACUGACCGGGAACAGUAUUUAUGAAUAUAUCCAUCCAGCAGACCAUGAUGAGAUGACUGCAGUGCUCACAGCCCACCAGCCCUACCACUCCCAUUUUGUACAGGAGUAUGAGAUAGAACGUUCCUUUUUCCUGAGGAUGAAGUGUGUCUUGGCCAAGAGGAACGCUGGUCUCACUUGUGGGGGUUAUAAGGUCAUUCACUGCAGUGGUUACCUAAAGAUCCGCCAGUAUAGUCUGGAUAUGUCCCCUUUUGAUGGCUGCUACCAGAAUGUGGGCUUGGUAGCUGUGGGCCAUUCACUGCCCCCCAGUGCUGUGACAGAGAUCAAACUACACAGCAAUAUGUUCAUGUUUCGUGCCAGCCUGGAUAUGAAGCUCAUAUUUUUGGAUUCCAGGGUGGCUGAACUAACUGGCUAUGAACCUCAGGACCUGAUCGAGAAGACCCUUUAUCAUCAUGUCCAUGGUUGUGACACGUUCCAUUUGCGCUGUGCUCAUCACCUGCUGCUGGUGAAAGGGCAGGUGACUACAAAGUAUUACCGGUUCCUGGCAAAGCACGGGGGCUGGGUAUGGGUACAGAGCUACGCCACCAUUGUGCACAACAGCCGGUCCUCUAGGCCCCAUUGCAUCGUCAGCGUCAACUAUGUCCUCACAGAUACAGAGUAUAAAGGAUUACAACUCUCAUUGGAUCAGAUCACAGCCACCAAACCAUCCUUCUCCUAUACUAACACCACACCCACCAUAACUGACAACCGAAAGGGGAAUAAGCCCCGCCUCUCAAACACAAAAUCAAAAUCCAGGACAUCUCCAUAUCCUCAGUAUUCUGGAUUUCAUACCGAAAGAUCUGAAUCGGAUCAUGACAGUCAAUGGGGAGGAAGCCCACUUACAGAUACUGCAUCUCCACAGUUAUUGGACCCCUCCGAAAGGCCCAGUUCCCAACAUGAUGCUUCAUGUGCCUAUAGACAGUAUUCAGACCGCACCUCUCUUUGUUAUGGCUUUGCACUUGACCAUUCCAGGCUGACAGAUGAUAGGCAUUUUCAUACCCAGGCCUGUGAAGGAGGUCGCUGUGAAGCAGGUCGAUACUUCCUUGGUACCCCACAAGCGGGGAGAGAGCCCUGGUGGGGCUCACGUUCAGCACUCCCCCUAACCAAGUCCUCCCCAGAAAGCAGAGAGGCCUAUGAGAACAGCAUGCCACAUAUAACCUCCGUUCACAGAAUUCAUGGGAGAGGUCACUGGGACGAAGAUAGUGUGGUCAGUUCUCCAGACCCGGGAUCUGCCAGUGAAUCAGGUGACCGCUAUCGUGCUGAGCAAUAUCAGAGCAGUCCCCAUGAACCCAGCAAAAUUGAAACUCUGAUAAGAGCCACCCAGCAGAUGAUUAAAGAGGAAGAGAACAGAUUGCAGCUCCGGAAAGCUCCUCCUGACCAACUGGCUGCCAUUAAUGGAGCAGGGAAAAAACAUUCCCUUUGUUUUGCAAACUACCAGCAGCCGCAGCUGACUGGAGAGGUCUGCCAUGGCCCUUCUCUUGCCAACACUUCCCCAUGUGAGCACCUUCAACAAAGAGAAGGGAAGAUGAUGAGCCCUCAUGAAAAUGACUAUGGCAGCAGCCCCACAGCCUUGUCUAGGAUAAGCAGUCCCAACUCGGAUCGUAUUUCUAAAUCAAGCUUGGUAUUAGCUAAAGACUAUCUUCAUUCAGACAUGUCCCCUCAUCAGACAGUAGGAGAUCAUCCAGCAGUUUCUCCAAACUAUUACAGUUCACACCGGCAGUAUUUUGAUAAGCAUGCUUACACAUUAACUGGGUAUGCCUUGGAGCACUUGUAUGACAGUGAGGCUAUUAGAACCUAUUCAUUGGGCUGCAAUGGCUCUCACUUUGAUGUAACUUCUCAUUUAAGAAUGCAGCAAGAUCCAGCACAAGGACACAAAGGGACAUCUGUAAUAAUAACCAAUGGGAGCUGAUGUUUUUUUUUUCUUUAAAAAAUGUGCUUUAAGGAUAUCUUUGAAACAUAGUUGGAACAUAUAUAUGUUUUAAUGCCCUUGUUACCAGCAUUUAAUAUACCACAGUAUGUUAGAGAGAAUAACCUAAGCUACUGAAGCUACUGGGUAUGAACUGACAAAUGUUACUGUAAAAAAAAUAUAUAAGAAAUGCACUAGCAUUCAGGGUUACAGUGAUUGGAGUUAAAGUGAACCUUAAGUUGCCCCCAUGAUUUAUGGGAGCCAGAAUGGAUAAAGUAAGAGUUGAAAAUACCAGUGUAGAUCGAGUGAGCAAUAUAUGCACAUUGUAUAAGUACUAGUUGGAAAUGCCACAGAGGGGAGACCCAGUGAGCUUCAUGGGCACAGAUCGCUACUCACAAAACCUCUAUGCACCCUUGACAUGCAAAAAUCUGGAAUGUAGACUAUAAAAUGCACAUGCCAAAAAAUGGGUAACUUUUCUUAACCCUAAUAUGUGAUUGCUUCUUCAUGAUGUGAAGAAGUUGUUGCUAUUCCUGAAGAAGAAAAUAAAAGAUCUCAGAGAAGGGGCUUUUUUUCCCCCUGUGGUCUCUUAGCCAUUCUGAUACAUUUGAUAUAGGCAUGAACUAGGGAUAAGGUUCUGGAUAUAGCACUGGACAUAUUUCUCACAUGGUAUCUAUUAGAAGCAAUCAGGAAAUGGCAAUUUUCAUUGUGCUUUUGAGUCAUAUAAAGGAACGUGAUUGCACUGAUGUAGAGGUAAGGGACUGUGUUAAGUAAUAGCAAUUAGACAUUGGAACAUGCACCAAGAAUUUAGGGCACUCAAUUAAGAAAUUCAGAGGAUAAAAGAGACCAGAAAGAGAGAUAAAUGAAAAGAUUUCCAAGAACAGACUAUUUCAGGUUCAGACUGUGUGUGCCAUUAGUAAUCAACACAUUAAGGGUUUUUGAAAAAACAACCACAGAACCACCCACCAGGAAACAAGGCUGAUAGAGAGGAAGUGUGAAAGGUAAUUAAGAAAAACAAGGGAGGGUACUGCAUGAAAUGAUUGGAAGUGUUUGAAAACAUUGCUAAAUAUGAUUGUGCAAAUAUAAAAACACAUGGAAAGCCAGUACAACAAAGAAAUAAUCUGGCUUCAAGAGAAGCUUCAAGAAAAGCUUAGAAUAAGGCACAGGAGUUUGAUAUGUAAUAUUUUGAAUGAAGGAACAGAAGAUAUUAUAAUAUUUGUUGUUUGUUAUUUUUAAAGACAAAUAUUGGUUCUUGAGGCAUGUUGGGGGAGUGAGAAAGAUUACUUGACUCUUGAAGAAUAGUACUAGUCUUUAUCAGGAUAACUAAGUUCCAUUACUGACUAACCUGCUGUGUGAACCUGUGUGGAUCACAUAACCAUCCUUCUUGGUUCUCAUGUUUGUCAUUUAUAAAAUGGAGAAGUUAGUUAUAUUAGAAAACCUAUCUCUAAGGUCAUUUGCUUUUCUAAAAUCCAAUGAUUCAUUACUUCAGGAAAAUUGGAUUUAAUUGAAAGGUUCUGUUGGUUUAGUUCACCAUGCCUUGGGAAUCGCAAGAAUUUAAUUUUUGAGUAGUGUACCACUCAUAUAGCCAUAUGAAUGGCUUAUAAGUGUACCAGACCCUUUGAAUCUCCCAGGUAUGUUUGCCAUUUCCACAUGUAUUUAAACCUAGUUAAAAUAUAUACAGCAGGAUCUGACAAGGGAAGAAAGAAGAAAAAUAAAUUUAGAUCUCAGAAAGCAUACCAGCUAAGCUUAAUGAGAUAUAUUUUAAAAAUUUGUGGAGAGUGUUAUAGAUGGCAUAGGGAAAUAGUUCAUUUUCACCAAACAUAGAAUUCUUGACUUUUUUAGGAAAUGUCAGGCAUUGGAGGAAUUAACUACAGCUUUUAAGAGAAAGCACAACAUUGAACUUUCAAUGGAUUUAGAGUAUACAUUUAACAAAGUACACCUAACUGAUUGUCCAUAGGCAGGAGUGGUCUUGAAAGAUCUGAAGAUUGAGAACUGGCCUGUCAAAAGCAAAAGCAAUGGUAAAAUACUUUUAAAAUCCAUGAUAGAUUUUUUUCCUGUCACUUAAUAUCUUAUAAAGACAAAAAGAGGCCAGAAUAAAUAAUGAUUUUUGUUACCAAUUGUAAUCAUCUAAAGCAAUUCCAAUACCUAGUUUACAAGUACAAUUCUGAACAAUACCAAUUUAGUUAUGAAUCACAAAUUAGAAGAAAUCUUUGGAGAACUGUGACCACAUUGGGAUUCUUGCAAUGGCAUUCUGGUAACUUUGUAAAGGAAAGGUUGUUUUGGAAGUGUUAUGGUUUUAGCAAAACUGUGAGAAUUCAAGAGCCAAAGAUAUGGGUGAGCUGAAAUACUUAGAGAAUAUGGCCUACUUUAGAAAGGAAGUUUGUACAGAUGGGCCCUUACUGAUGUGUACAAAUUCUACAGAAUAUGGCAUAGACAGAUGCUAGAAAGAGUAGUUGAAACAUAAGAACCAAGGAAAAUGAACUUAUGCUAGAGGAAAGGCUGGCCCUAAAGGAAUUUGGGUGGAAUUUUUAUGUGGAGGCUAGUUAAUAAAUGGAAAAAGUAAACUAUGAAAUUUACAGAUAGAAGCAGCCUGAAUAAAUAAAACUUGUAAGAAAAGCAAGACCAGCAUAUUUAGGGAAAGACAAGGAUCGUCCAAAUUAUAUCUUGGUUUAAAAUUCUAGUUGGCUCAGUUUUAAGCACAUCUUUGUUCUAUUUAGCAUACCAAUGAUAUCAAUAGUUCUUUAGUAACAAUCCUUUAACGUAAAACUAAAAUAUAAUUUGAGAGAAGCAGAGUAAAAAUAUGCAACAUUGUUAUUGUACUUGGCAACAUACUAUGACAAGGCAAGAUCAGAAUAACUUAGAACAAGUCCCACUGUAUUUCACUCUGGCAGAAACCUAAAGCAGUGUACCAAGAGUGGUAAAUUGUAUUUUUAGUCCUCAUUAAUGCAUUAAUCACAAGAAUAUAUUUCCCAUGCUGUGUACACACUGUCUGUGUCCAUUGUGUGUUUUAUAUAAAAUGGAAACUACAUUGCUUCAAUAACUUGAUAAGUUAAAUUUAUGCUCUAUCUGCUCUUGGGUUGUAAUCUUUGUUUUCCAUCUUUUUGCUAAAUGCUGAGAACCAUGGCAUUGAAUUUUAAAAGGCAGCAUCUUAAAACAUUAAUCACAAAGAAGUAUAAUUUCUAUAUUAUCUUAAGAUAAUAAAUAGGCACUAUAUCUUAUGUUUCUGCCAAUAAUACUAAAGCUUUCUCAUUAGCAUUUUUAAAAAUUUUUUUUUCUCUUACUUAAUCCAGAACUUUGCAUAGCUGAGGUAAUAUAAGGAAUUCUCCUUUGGGGGUGGGAGGAACCACUUUGUUAAUGAAUGUGGAAGAUGCAUUAAAAGUUUCUCUGUUAUUUUUCUAAUUUAUAACAAUAGCCUUACCAUUAACCCAGGACAGACAUUUCAGGAUGGAUUUUUUCUCUUGUUGUCAUCCUUUGUUUUCCAAGAGGACCAAAAUGAGAUCACUAUUUUAGAAUCCAGUUACAGUGUGUCUGACUGUGGCUGAUCAGACUAAUAUUGCAUUCUAAUAUUGGCAUUCUAAUAAUGUGUUCAGCCUAACAGAGUUGUGCUCUCUGAGGUAGAAUUGGUAUGCCUGGCAGUUUAGUUAGAGAAAGGGCCUCAGUGUCUGAUAUCUUCUGAUAUCUUAUCCUGCUAGGUGAUUGUCAGAAUCUUCCUAAGACAAUUCAAAUGGAAGUGAUUCCGUUUUCUGGCAUGGCAGUGAUAUCACUGUCCAAGUUUCACAGGCAUAUAACAAUGAGGUUGGCACAAUGGCAGUGUAAAGGUUCAGUUGGGUAGUCACAUACUUCUCCUCUCCUACAUUUUCCUUUGGGAGGCUCUGAAGGAUUUCAGCUCUAUAUGUUGAUUGAUGUACCAUAUUGAAUGGAAUAUGUCUCUAUUUCUGUACAUGGUUGCUUGAUACUAAACAAUAUAAUGUUUAUUGAAGUGAUGUUGCAGAUGAGAUGGAAUUAUAAAUUUUUUGUAAUUAAUGUUAUCCCAGAAAGAGCACUUUCCCCCAUUAAUUCUGGAUGAUACUUGUAGGAAUGAGAAUAAGAUCAUUUGGUCACAUUCUUAAUUCUUUUUUUCUCCUGUUCCAUCUAUUGCUUUAGUAUGGAGAAGUCUCACUUGCCUAAUGAGCUUUAUAUGGUAUGUAAGAUGAGGAAAUAAAUAAGAUGCAUUGAUUAAGUACUUUCUAUAUGGCAAGUCCUGUGGAGAAGGGCUUUUUGAAACUGGGCUGAAUUUUGUUAUUCUUGUUGCUAAACAAGACUAGAAAAAUAUCCAUGAAUACUUUAUAACAAUAAUAAUUUAAAAGUAUAUUUUCUCAAAACCUGGGUCAAAUAACCUCUUUAAAUGUCAGUUUUCUCACUUGUAAAAAAGGAGAUUGGAUUAGAGAACCUGUUAAGUUCCCUUCUAGCUGGAAGUCUAUGCUCUAAAGGCAAAGGGGAUUAGAAAGAAUAAACAGUAGCUACAUCUAAACAUUCAGUUUUAUGAAUAUUUGUUUUUUCUGUUGUUGUUGAUUUGUUUCAGUUGUGUCCAACUCUCCAAGACCCCAUUUGGGAUUUUUUUUAGCAAAGAAACUAGAGUAGUUUACCAUUUUCUUCUCCAGCUAAUUUUACAGAUGAGAAAACUGAGGCAAACAGGGUUAAGUGACUUGCCCAGAGUCACAUAGCUAAUAAGUAUCUGGAGAUAUUUGCCUAUGCUCCUUCUCAAAAGUAGGAAUUGAGUCUCUCUAAAUUUCCAAGUCAUAUCUAUAAACAAAAAACUUUGGGUUAUUCCUUGAAUGACACAGAGGCUCAGUAAAUGUUAAGUAUUGGAAGAAUGCCUCGUUAAUUAGUCUAAGGAAUUUGGAAAAUCAAAGACAUGGCUAUUUUGGAUUUACUUAUUUUACAUGGGUGGAUUGCAUAUAUUUCUAGUCUAGUUUCUCUUGCAUUUAAAGAACUUUAAUUUUAAAAACUUACAACACUCUCUCCCCUUUACUGGAACAGGCUAUCUAAAAACAUAUUAUUUUCUAAAUAGAUGAAUAAUGGAUGUAAAAUUCCAAAGUGCCCUAAAGAGUAGAUAGAAUGAUCUAAAAUUCAAUGUGUCAGUUUUUCUGAUUAGAGACUUGAGUUCAGGUAAGCUAACUCUUUGAAAUACCUGGUUUAUAUUCAGAAAGCAAAUCACUAUCAUGGUAUAUAAUACAUUUAUGACAGAUGAGUUCUGUCUGUAUGAAGAAUUUAUAUUUUGCAAGGGGGGGACAUUUUCAAUGUGGUGCUCAUUUUUUAUGUGCAAGAUUGUACAGAUAAUGCUUGGCUCCAAGAGGGGAAGACAUACUUAUUUCCAAAUGAGAACUUGUUUAGAGUUCCUGCAACAAGAUGCCAUAUGGAAAUGUUAGCAAAUACUCAAGAAAUAUAAAUAAAAACAAAGAUAAUUAUCUUCCAUGUUCCUUGAUAAGCUGACAAGACAUAGGAAAAUUCAGAAUUCCCAAAUUGCUUGAGGAAUUCUAUCCAAAUUUGUAUGAUUUUUUAAAAUGCUUGAAUGGAACAAACUAAUGAGAAUUUGCUUUCAGAAACCUGUGAGGUAGUUUGUCCUAAUUAACAGAUUUGGAACCCAGAACCAUAGAUUGAAUAUAAGUGGUCAUCUAACCUAAUCUGUAAUUUGAAAAUAACAAUUGCAUAUGAAUUUGUUACAUGACAAAUCCCAUUGUGUUUAUGUGGCAAAGGAAAUGAAAUCUGUCUGGAAAAUUAGUGUUACUGUAACAUUAAUUUUUUUUUCAAAAGGGAAACAUUUCAGUAUAUGAAGCAUAUGAAGAUCCACUUCAAAAAUAUGAUUUUCCAGGCUUACCUUUGGACUGGCAUUUAAAAAGAAAGGAAGAAAGAAAGAAAAAGAAGAAGGAAAGAAAGAAGAAAGAAAGAAAAAGAAAAAAACAGAAGAAGUAAUGAUUAUAUUGUUAAAGAAAGAAAGUGAUCCCUGAUAUUUCCAAUGCCAUAACUUGCAGUAUAUAGUUUCUAGUGACACUGUGGCAAAACACCUGUGGCUGGAGGUUUUACUUUGGAAUGUAACGUAGAGAAAAAUUAGCAACGUCAACAAUAUCUUACAGAAUGUUCCAGUUUAUAAUUAUUUAUAUUGUAAAUAGCUUUCUGAAGUAAAUUUGAAGUUAAUGUGCAUAAAAUGUAUUUAUUAUGUGAAGAUUUUUUUGGUUUAAAAUAUAGUUACCAAUAUGCAUUUUUUUGUCUGGAUUCAUGAAUCUUUUAAAUAAUCAUUACUAACAUAUAGAAUUUUAGAAUUUGCAAAGCAAUUUCCAUACACUUAUCACAUUGAGUCUCACAAAAAUUCUGUGAGGCAGGUUCUGCAGAUAUCCCCAUCCCUACUUUACAGCUGAGGUCAUAUACACAAAGGAGGUAACUUGUCCAUGGUCACAAAGCUAGC